UAGGGGCAGUCAUUUUCCAGGUGGGUGAUUUGGUGUAUAGGGGGGGGAAGUUAGUAUUGUAAAGGGGACAGUCACCUAAGGGGGGUAAUUAUUAUGCAUCAGGAGCAGUUUGGAUAGAUAGGAAGAUGGGGGCAGGGCAGAAUAUAAGGGGGGUAGAAUGAAGUGGGGGGAUCUCUGAUCAAGAAAGGGCAAUUAAGGUGCACCCCCCCGGGUUCCUCUCCACCAUGCGGUUGACGCUACACAAGAAGAAGAUCGCCGCCCUGCUGCUUUUCCUGGGAAUGGCCGCCUGCGCCUGGCUCCUCCUCACCUCCUCCAGCGAGGACCACCCGGCCGCCUUGCCCUUCCCGGUGCCGUCGCUGCCCGUCGAGACCCGCCACCCCUCCGGCUUCCUGCUGCCCCGGGGUUCCCCUCUUCAGAUGCGGCUGGCGGCCUACAGCAACAACCUCCGGCAACCGAUCUUCAACGCCGAACGGUUCCACGGGCGCCCCGAGCUGGUGGUGGUGGUACAGGUCCGCGGAGGGCCAGGGACCGGCGCCCGCUUGAAGCUGCUGGCCGAGUCGCUGCAGACCGCUGGCCCGGGCGCAACCGGCCGCCUCCUCCUGGUGCUGAGCAUGGAAAAGCCGUGCGCCGAGGCCGUCGAAGCCAUGAACGCCAUAGACUUCUGCCGGGUGAUGCCCAUCUACUUCCCGUACAGCGCCACCUUCUACCCGGACGAGUUCCCGGGCUCGGACCCGGCCGACUGCCCCAGGGACCUGCCCAAAGAGACCGCCAAAUUGAAAGGUUGCACCAACGCGGAUUACCCCGACACUCACGGACACUACCGGGAAGCGGCCUUCGCCCAGGAGAAGCACCACUGGUGGUGGAAGCUGCACUUCACCUGGCAGACGCUGCGGGAGGUGGUCGGGUACAGCGGCUACACCCUUUUCCUGGAGGAGGGCAGCUACCUGCUCCCGGAUUGGCUGCACGCCCUCAGACUCAUGCAGAAGCAGUGCAAGGAGGAAGGGUGCCACUUGCUCAGCCUCGGGGGCGCACCCAGCCCGGACUCGAUGCCCGACCCCCAACAGCUGGAGAUUAGUGGCUUUGUGGCGCCCAAGCACCGCUCCGCCCUCGCCAUUUCCCGGGAGGUCUACUACCAACUGAUGGGCUGCCUGGCCGAGUUCUGCACCUACGACGACUACAACUGGGACUGGAGCCUCCAGCACGUGUCCGCCACCUGCCUGUCCCACCCGCUCAAGGUGCUGUCCGCCCGCCUCCCGCGGGUCCUCAACCUCCCCGGCCAACCCAACGAAAGGGGGAUGUGCGCCCGCACCGGCCCCUGUGCCAACAUGGACGCCGCCUCGCAGGCCCUGCGGGAGAAAGUGCGCGAGCUGAGCGGCCGCCUCUUCCCCAAAACCGUGGAGGUGACCGCCAGGCAGCAGGACGUGCGCAACCCGCCGCCCAUGAAGAACGGGGGCUGGGGGGACAUCAGGGACCAUGCGCUGUGCCAGAGCUACGCCAGGCUGUGAAGAGAGCCAGCUCUGCCACCAAAGCCUUCAGAACUGCGACCAAAGUCAUAAAGUUUACUCAGGAAUUCCUGCAAGCGGGGAAAGCCGACUUCAGUUUGCGUUGCUGCUGUGACCUCACCGAGCACGUUACCGCCAUGAAGGUGCCUUAAAGGGACAGAACACGUUUCU